CAACCUUUCCCUUUUUUUUUUCAACAUCCAUCAUCUUUCAUUCUCUUCUUUACAUUCAGCAUACAUCUCUCUCUUGUUCUUGUUUUAAUCAAUAUCCAUCACUUCUUGUUGAUCAACAUCCACCAUGCCUUCUCAGCAGACUUCCGUCAAGAGCUGGAUGCGGGAUUGUGUCCUAAGCCCAUUCAUCAUUCUCAAGACAUGGUAAUCCCGGCAACCGGAAUCUCGUCGCUGCUUACGGUAGAUGUCAUGCGCCGCGUCACCGAUUUUUCAGGCCUCGGAUACUACACGCCAGAGGAAAUAGCCCAGACUCUGGCGUUUCUAGCAGGAUUGGUCUUGGUUACCUCGAAGACUUGA